GCCCUCCCCACGUCGAGAGCCGUUGCCCGUCAGGGGAAGCUGCACUCCCACGGCCCAUACAAGUGGGAGGCCUCUGGGGAAGCGGCCCUGGAUGUUCCGCUUGCCUCUCUGGAGGGGAAGGGGUGGCCCAGAGCGAACCCCCACACCCCCUCUCCCAUUGCCUGCUCACCCCAUCACCUCCCCUCCCUACAAGGCCCUCUGUGCAGCCCGGGCUGGCACAGCAAGGAAGGGGGGCUCACCCCAGAGCGCCCCCGCCUGCCAGCCCGUGGGUCGAGGCCAAAUAAGGCCGGACGGCAGCCGAGGGCCCCCGCACCCCGCCCGCGGCCCCGCCCCGCGCACAUUCUUCUGCCUUGUAAGGCCCGGCCGCCACGCCCCGCCCCCGCCUGGAGUCCGGACCCGACGGCCGGCCCAGUUCCACGCACCCAGCGAGCCCAAGCGCCUUCUCUGCACCAGGGAAGCCCCACCCACCAGAAGCCAAGAUGUCCAGCAAGCGGGCCAAAGCCAAGACCACCAAGAAGCGGCCACAGCGGGCCACAUCCAAUGUCUUCGCAAUGUUUGACCAGUCCCAGAUCCAGGAGUUUAAGGAGGCUUUCAACAUGAUUGACCAGAACCGUGAUGGCUUCAUUGACAAGGAGGACCUGCACGACAUGCUGGCCUCGCUGGGGAAGAACCCCACAGACGAAUACCUGGAGGGCAUGAUGAGCGAGGCCCCGGGGCCCAUCAACUUCACCAUGUUCCUCACCAUGUUUGGGGAGAAGCUGAACGGCACGGACCCCGAGGAUGUGAUUCGCAACGCCUUUGCCUGCUUCGACGAGGAAGCCUCAGGUUUCAUCCAUGAGGACCACCUCCGGGAGCUGCUCACCACCAUGGGUGACCGCUUCACAGAUGAGGAAGUGGACGAGAUGUACCGGGAGGCGCCCAUUGAUAAGAAAGGCAACUUCAACUACGUGGAGUUCACCCGCAUCCUCAAACAUGGCGCCAAGGAUAAAGACGACUAGGCCACCCCAGCCCCCCGACACCCCAGCCCCCGCCAGUCACCCCUCCCCACACACACCCGUCCAUACCAGCUCCCUGCCCAUGACCCUCGCUCAGGGAUCCCCCUUUGAGGGGUUAGGGUCCCAGUUCCCAGUGGAAGAAACAGGCCAGGAGAAGUGCGUGCUGAGCUGAGGCAGAUGUUCCCACAGUGACCCCAGAGCCCUGGGCUGGAGUCUCUGACCCCUCCAAGGAAAGACCACCUUCCGGGGACAUGGGCUGGAGGGCAGGACCUAGAGGCACCAAGGGAAGGCCCCAUUCCGGGGCUGUUCCCCAAGGAGGAAGGGAAGGGGCUCUGUGUGCCCCCCAGGAGGAAGAGGCCCUGAGUCCUGGGAUCCGACACCCCUUCACGUGUAUCCCCACACAAAUGCAAGCUCACCAAGGUCCCCUCUCAGUCCCCUCCCCUACACCCUGACCGGCCACUGCCGCACACCCACCCAGAGCACGCCACCCACCAUGGGAGUGUGCUCACGAGUCGCGGGCAGCGUGGACAUCUGUCCCAGAGGAGGCAGAAUCUCCAAUAGAGGGCUGAGCACUG